AUGAGCGCGGCGCCGGGCGCCCAGGGCCCCGCCACCGCCGGGGGCCCGCCGGGGGUGCCGGCGCGCUCCGUGCGGUCCCUGCUGCGCCACGUGCAGCUGGAGAGCCUGGCGGCCGGGCUGAGCGGCGGCGUCGUGUCCACGCUGGUGCUGCACCCGCUGGACCUGGUCAAGAUCCGCUUCGCAGUGAGUGAUGGAUUGGAGCUGAGGCCAAAAUACAAUGGUAUUCUCCACUGCAUGACUACUGUCUGGAAGCAUGAAGGACUACGAGGCUUGUACCAAGGGGUAACUCCCAACAUGCUGGGAGCAGGGGCUUCCUGGGGACUUUACUUUUUCUUUUAUAAUGCUAUCAAAGCUUACAAGAAGGAAGGGAAGCUGGAGAGUCUCAGCGCAACUGAACACCUAGUGUCAGCUGCAGAAGCUGGAGCCAUGACUCUCUGCAUUACGAAUCCGAUAUGGGUAACGAAGACGCGACUUGUAUUACAAUAUGAUGCUGGUGUUGAUCCAUCAAAGCGGCAAUACAGAGGAAUGUCUGAUGCUCUUAUAAAGAUAUACAAGACAGAGGGCAUACGUGGCUUGUACAAGGGAUUUGUGCCUGGUCUGUUUGGAACUUCACAUGGAGCACUUCAAUUCAUGGCGUAUGAAGAUUUGAAAUUGAGAUACAACAAGUAUAGAAACAGAGUAUCAGAUACAAAAUUGAACACUGCAGAAUACAUAACGAUGGCAGCUGUAUCCAAAAUAUUUGCUGUGUCAGCAACUUAUCCCUAUCAAGUUGUACGAGCUCGUCUUCAAGAUCAGCAUAAUACAUAUUCUGGUGUGUUUGAUGUGAUCCGCAGGACAUGGAGGAAAGAAGGAAUUCAUGGAUUUUACAAAGGAAUUAUCCCCAAUGUGAUCAGAGUGACUCCUGCUUGCUGCAUUACUUUUGUAGUUUAUGAAAAUGUGUCUGGUUUUUUACUUGGUUUUAGAAAAGAAAAUAAUUAAAGGUAUAAGCUUGUGUUCA